CCGCGAGGUCCUGUCCUGUGCGAGCCCGGCCGGUGUGCCAGCCGUUCCGCCCGCCGGUCCCAUCGCGCCCUCUCCGCUGCCCGUGUCCCUGCCUCGCCGGCCUCGCCAUGCUGUCUCUAGAUUUUUUGGACGAUGUGCGGCGAAUGAACAAGAGGCAGCUGUACUAUCAAGUCCUCAAUUUUGGAAUGAUAGUCUCCUCGGCGCUAAUGAUCUGGAAGGGGCUGAUGGUCAUAACCGGAAGUGAAAGUCCAAUCGUGGUGGUGCUCAGUGGCAGCAUGGAGCCUGCAUUUCAUAGAGGAGAUCUUCUCUUUUUAACAAAUCGCGUUGAAGAUCCCAUUCGAGUGGGAGAAAUUGUUGUUUUUAGGAUAGAAGGAAGAGAGAUUCCUAUAGUUCACCGAGUCUUGAAGAUUCAUGAAAAGCAAAAUGGACACAUCAAGUUUUUGACCAAAGGAGAUAAUAAUGCGGUUGAUGACCGAGGCCUCUACAAACAAGGACAACACUGGCUGGAGAAGAAAGAUGUCGUGGGGAGAGCAAGGGGAUUUGUUCCUUAUAUCGGGAUUGUGACGAUCCUCAUGAAUGACUACCCCAAAUUUAAGUAUGCAGUGCUCUUUCUGCUGGGUUUAUUUGUGCUGGUCCAUCGUGAGUAGGAAGUUCGCCUUGGUGUUCCUGGAAGAGGCCCUACUGCUCGUUACUGAAUGUUUGGAAUCGAUACUGGUCUGUGGCUGGCGGAGUGGGGACGCUCCUGGCGGCGCUUCUCGGGAGCAAUGGUCUGCAUUAGCUUCUGUUUCCACGCCAGGGCGUGUGGGCGGGCGCACGGGCACCGCGGCGCGCACUCGAGGGGACUCGGUCACAGGAUUUCAUAUGUUGUCAUUGUCACACUUUCACAUUUUUGUACAUCAGUGAAUUUUUUAUAUUAAAAGGUUGAGCCAAAGCCCCCAGUGUUUGUAUCUUGAAGCCAAGCUUCACUUCUAAAGUGCCUCCAGAGUUCUGCACGUGAGAAUGCGCUCUGCACGGGUCGGAACCGCCACUCCUCCCCAGGAGCGGGAAUGGCGUGUGCUGAGGUGGUCGGAAGUCUUAACUUUUCAAAUUUUAAAUAAAAGACUUUGCAUAUCGAA